CAGGCUUAGUUAAGAAGAUGCCCCGCAAAUCGAAGCCGCUCCCACGGCUGCUGCAAGUAUUUCUUGGCAUCGAAGCCCAGCAGUUUGGGCUUCACGUCGACAGUCAACCAAAUAAUUACGGCCCCGCCUAAGCCGACAGGGGAGACGAGAACUCAUCAACGGCGCGACCAAUCAAGAAGUUGGAUACCAAAUGACAGCACAACAUACGUCAUUGAGCUGUUCAACAGCAGGUGCGCAUCAAAUCAAGGACUCAAGACAAGGUGAGGCCUAAGACACGUAGGAAUUUUAUGAUUUUUUUUUUUGCAUGAUUGAGGUAUCUUUGCUUCUAGAUGAACAACGAAGUCCUAAGAAACUAAAUCCUAAGGCAUCAUCGUCUUACGUCCCUAAGUAUACUUGUGUCGUUAAAUAGGCAGACAUACAGAUAUACAUACCUACUUACCAAAUACAUCCCAUAUCUCUUCAUCUAGCGGGUUUGUAUACUCAAGAAGAAUAAACGGUAAUACCAACAAAAUGGAUCUCCUACUAUCCCUUCCGAUAGUCUCAUAUUUCGGUGGGCCGAUGCUGUCGUCGUGGUCGGGUUCGCUAAAUCUCCUAUUCUUCUAUAUGACUUGGACGACACUUGUCCUAUCCCAUUCGCCUCUGAGGAUCGAGUUGGUCGGCACCCUAGCAGUGCGAAUAGUAUUCUGGCUGGUGCCGUCGCUCUUCUUUCUGCUAUUCGACACACUGGUUCCCAGCUUAGCGGAAUCUAUUAAGUUUUAUGGUUCUACAUCAUUACCUCGGCGAAGUGCUGCCUCCUUACUUCGGCAGAUCCCGCUCGCUAUCUUCAACCUUGCGCUCAGCACCGCUAUGCAAGCCGGUAUAUCCAUAGGCGCUGGAACGCUACUGCGCCGUCCGCUCUUUAAGACCAGUACGGCACUGCCACUCCCCUGGCAGAUCGUGAAGCAUAUCUUGAUGCUAUAUACCGCGCGCGAAAUUCUGACGUAUUACCUCCACCGAUUUGUGUUGCACUCUCGGGGGAGAGUGGCAAGACUACAUAGCGCAUACGCGCACUCGCGCAAGCACGCCGCUCCGUAUGCGCUGAUGCUGUAUACGGAUCAUCCGCUGCCGCUCCUUUUUAAUCGCACAUUGCCGGUAUACCUAUCAGCCAUGGUCAUCCAACCGCAUCUACUCACGUACUUCUUAUUUACUAUCUUGACGACGUUAGAGGAGACGCUGUCCAUGUCUGGCUACAACAUUGUACCGGGUAUUAUCAUGGGCGGCAUUACACGACGUACUGCAACGCACUACGCAAGCGGCGGGCGUGGUAACUUCGGCGCUUGGGGACUGCUGGACUGGGCUAGCGGCACGAGCGUGGGCAAAGAUGUAGUAAAGGAUAUUCAUGAUGAAGCAGAAAAGCACCAAGUUAAGGAGCGCGGCCAGAAAGCUGCAAGCGACACAGGCAGCAUAGUACAAGACAGCAUCAAUGGCUUAAAGAAGGGUCGCAAGAGCCGGAAGAAGAGCUCGGACUGGUGAUAAUCUGAACUUUUAUUUUUGGGAAACUGAAAAGGCAAUAGACAACGAUGCUAUGGAUUACGACAUUUGGGGAGAAUAAAUACUGGGAAAUGGCUUGUUGGAGUUUGGCGCAAGGAGCAACUGGGCCAAGAGAUAUCUGUGCAUACGCCUAUGCUUGUAUGACUAUGAGAUAAGAGAUGUGAUGAUAUAAAUGAGAUAUUUAGUGAUGAGAAAUAAAAGGUCUAACACAAGAAUGACAACUCUUAAUAUUUCGUGAAGCUAUCUAC